GCGACUACUUGAACGAGCCCUCUAUGCGCUAUCGGUAGGGAAGUCCCACAAGGACGGACAUCUGGACCAGGUGCCGUACGGCUGGAAUCGUCCGGACUGGGACACAAAGAGCCCAUCAAGUACAGUCGUCGGGUGAAGCAGUGCUCUCGCCGUACUCGGCCGCCUCCUGACCUUUGUGCGGUGAUAGGUGCGGCGGAUGUGCAGGCCAGGAGUGAAUGUUAGACUGCCACGUGGAUGAGGCGAGCUGCUGGUGACCUGGUUGAAUUGUUGAUCGGUCCCCGAUCAGGAAGGACACUCCUGAAGAAGAAGGCAACAACCGUUAAUCUGGUCGUGAUCGAGGCCGGGUACAGCGGCCUGUUGUCAUUGUUUGAUAGAUUUAGAAUCUUCAAGAAUAUUACUGAGCAGGUUAUCGCCAGCAUGCAGCGCUUGGAGGUUAUGUAUUGUGAAGUAUGUGGACUUCCUCCGGAAUACUGUGAGUUUGGUCCUGACUUUGUGAAGUGCAAACCCUGGCUCCUGGAGAACUGUCCUGAUCUGUAUCCGGACCUUGCAAAAGAGGCUGAAGAGAAAUUGGGAAGAUUGAGUCUGUCUGCGGCGGAAGGAGGUGGUGGUAGCGGCGAGGCCGAUGGCGGGACGAAGGAGGAUCCGGCGGGCACUAGCGCCAGGCAGAAGGAGCCGGAGCCGGAGCAGGUGCAAAGACUCCCUGGGGGCAAGGUCAAGAAGAAGGAGCGGCCCUCUGUAGUCAUCGAGAAAAUCGUACGGAACAAGCGUAAGUCAGUGACGGUCGUUAAAGGGCUGGAGAUGUUCGGAGUGAAGUUGAGCGAUGCGGCAAAGAAGUUUGGGAAGAAGUUUGCAAGCGGUGCAUCCGUCGUCAAAGGCCCCACCGACAAGGAGCAGAUCGACGUCCAGGGCGACAUCAUGUACGAUCUCGUCGACUUCAUCACGGCGACCUGGGACUCUGUGCCAGAGGAGUGCAUCUACUUUAUAGAAGAUGGGAAGAAAGUGCGGGCUGCUUGAUAGUUUGUGCAACAACUCGGUCGAUGGACCAAUUUAGUGUGGAUCCUCUUAACCUGAAUUUGUGUUGCUGUCAUUGUGAAUUAGCCGGAUUUUGUGUUUGUGUUGGUGUCAUCGCCAAAGAUUGAUGACAAUGUAGUGUGCGUCGCUCGUGGCAUUCAAUUACUGACAAAGAAGAGUAUCGGUGAGUUAGUGGAUUGUAGUUGUUGCUUAAAAAAAGGCUUGGUUCUUUUUUCGUUCCUCGUUUCAUUUCGUACGAAUUGUUGGGAAAUAAAGCCAUCCUCCGCGU